AUUUUGUUAACGGCGUCCUUUGGCUCUCUUCAAAGGCUUAUUCCUUUGGCCUUUGCUUUUCCACGAUCCUGACCUCACCUUCUCUGAUAUUUGAUAGAGGGACUCUUGAGAAUUCGAGACUCCAAAACUGAAGACUAGAGAGAUGAGUCAAACAUCAUCUGGAAUGGUCGGUGUUGGCAAUGUUGCCACCAAUUAUAUGCUCCCAUUAUCGCUACCUUCAUCAUCUUCAUUUGCUUCCUUCUGUUCUAACACCAUCAAACGCAAGGUAGUAGUAGUGUUGGAUUAUUGGGCAGCUACUAACUGUAAUCAUAAAUAUAUUCAAAAGGGAAGGAAAAGAGGAUAUGGGAUUGUGGCAUCAAGCAACCUUGCUUCUCCAUCUAUAUGGGAUGAUUGGAAGCCUCUCAAAGCCCCUUCCACUCCUUCCCUCAGUGACAUUCUUUGGCCCUCUGCUGGGGCAUUUGCGGCCAUGGCAGUAUUGGGAAAGCUUGAUCAGUUAUUGGCACCAAAAGGACUCUCAAUCGCAUUUGCACCAUUUGGGGCUGUUUCCACCGUCCUCUUUGCCACUCCCACUGCCCCUUCUGCCAGGAAGUACAGCAUGUUCAUGGCUCAAAUAGGUUGUGCAGCAAUUGGUGUUUUGGCAUUGACAAUAUUUGGGCCCGGAUGGCUUGCCAGAAGUGCUAGUAUUGCAGCAUCCGUUGCUUACAUGAUUUGCACCAACUCCGUUCACCCCCCAGCUGCUAGCAUGCCAUUGCUUUUCAUUGAUGGUCCAAAGUUUCAUCACUUGAAUUUCUGGUAUGCAUUAUAUCCCGGGGCUGCGGCAUGCCUUCUGCUUAGUUUGGUGCAAGAGGUGGUUAUAUACUUGAAGAGAAAUUUCAAAUUUUGAUCGCCUCUCUGCACAUUGUACAUCUCUUCUAAUUUGAUUUUCCGAAGGGCCAAGAAAAACAUUCUUUGAUCAGAAUCAUAUUUGUAAGUAGAGAGCAUCCACAACCCAAAGUAAAUCUGUCCUGUAUUUUCCUUCACGAGGCAAGGUCAAAAUUGGAGAUUAAAUGGAUCUUCUCAUUUGCAGCUACUGGUCUUGUAAUGUGUUCAUUAAGUGUACUUUCAGAAAAUUAUUUGACAACAAUGACUUGUAAACAUUGCAUAUCAAACUGUGCCUCCUCUAUUAGAAAGUCAAAAGCCUAACAUACAUAUACAUAUCUAAAAGGGAUCUAAAUCAUCAAAAGCCGUAGCAAAGUGCAAUAAAUUCGUGAUAAAUAAGUGAAUAACACAGUACAUUAUCCAAAAGCAUCGACUGUUGCAUCAGUCAAUGCCUGCAAAUUUCUUUGAUAUCUUGCCAAGGGAGCCGCCAGUGAUUGGGCCAAAACGGGAACGCCAAAUACAAAA